AUGGCGACCAUCACUCAGACGCUGCCCACUACGGCAGUCGAGCUUCCCACUAUGAGUCAGGGCUCCAAUGAAGAACGACAGCGCAAUCCGAAUUCUUCGGCCGCGGAGCCACUGGUUGAUGAUGUGAUGCAACAGUCGCUUAUUGCAGAUUCUCAAGUGCCGGACGGAGGGUAUGGUUGGGUUCUGAUCUUUGCGUGUGCCGUCGUGACAUGGUGGUUUGUCGGCGUCUCUUAUACUUGGGGAGUUAUGCAAGCUGCGCUAGUCGAUAACAAGGGCUAUUCGUCUUCUACGCUGGCCUUUGUUGGAUCCUCGUGUCCGGCAUGUAUUUCGCUUCUUGCAGUGCCGAACGCGACUGUUGUUCGAAAGAUCGGAGCCCGAAAUACUGCGCUCUUGGGUAUCUUCUUGCUUGGACUGGGGAGUAUUUUGAGCGGUUUUGCGACGGACAGUGUGGCGGGACUGUUUAUGACGUGGGGAUUCGUUGGUGGCAUUGGCAUGAGUCUGUGCUUCAUAGUCGUGUCCGUGACACCCGCCCAAUACUUCAAAGCCAAGCGCGGCAUUGCCAAUGGCAUCGUCUACGCUGGCGGCGGCCUUGGUGGCACCGUCAUGAGCUUCGUUCUUGACGCCCUCCUUCAAAGCGUCGGCAUCGCCUGGACCUUCCGCAUCCUCGGCUUCUUGAUUAUGGCCACUGGCCUUCCUGCAGCCUAUCUCAUCAAAGAACGUGCGCCCAUCAAAGCCACCCAGAUGGUCGAAUGGAGUCUUUUCAAAGAUGUCCGCUUCGCCGUGCUUUUCGCCGUCGGCGCCAUCGGCACAUUCCCACUGUUCGUUCCAGCCUUUUUCUUGCCGCUAUACACGAACAGUCUGGGUCUUCCGUCCAGCGCAGGUGCGGGUCUCGUUGCGGCGUUCAACUUUUCCUCGGCCAUUGGGCGUCUGUCGUGCGGGUUUGCGUGUGAUAAGCUCGGCUCGCUGAACACGCUCUUCUUGUCGCUGCUGCUGAGUGCGCUAAGCAUUUUCGUGCUUUGGCCGGUAUCCAGCUCAAUUGGGCCGCUGGUGGCCUUUGUGAUCAUCAACGGCUCCGCCAAUGGUGGCUUCUUCUCGACGAUGCCGACUGUCGUGGGCAAUGUGUUUGGCUCGGCUAGAGUGUCUGUUGCGGUCAGCAUGAUUGGUGCACCGAUUGCGGGUUACAUUCUGAAUGCCUCGGGUGGAGAAGCUGGUGGCGUUGGCGCCUACCGGCCGGCUAUCUACUAUGCUGGCUCCAUGGCGACGGCCGCUACCAUCUUGGCUGCCGUGGUGCGAAUCAAGGUGGAUCGGAGGAUCAAGAAGACGGUGUGA